AGACAAUAAGGACUGAUGGCAGAGAGACGCGCACCCGCUGCCGCUGGCCUGACUCAGACCCUGAUCCCCAUCAGGGCCAAGGUUCCCUGUCAGCACUGGACAUAUGAGGGCCCACAUGGUCAACACCAUUGGCCAGCUUCUUACCCUGAGUGUGGACGCAAUGCCCAGUCCCCCAUCAAUAUCCAGACAGACAGUGUGACUUUUGACCCGGAGUUGCUCCCUCUGCAGCCCCAUGGAUACGACCAGCCUGGAACCAGGCCUUUGGAGCUGCGCAACAAUGGCCACACAGUGCAACUCUCUCUGCCCCCUACCCUGCAUCUGGAGGGACUUCCCCGGAAAUAUGUAGCUGCCCAGCUCCACCUGCACUGGGGUCAGAAAGGAUCCCCGAAGGGGUCAGAGCACCAGAUCAACAGUGAAGCCAGCGCUGCAGAGCUCCACAUCGUGCAUUAUGAUUCUGAUACCUAUAACAGCUUGAGUGAGGCUGCUCAGAUGCCUCAGGGCCUGGCUGUCUUGGGCAUCCUCAUUGAGGUGGGUGAGAUGAAGAAUCCAGCUUAUGAACACAUUCUGAGUCACUUGCAUGAAAUCAGAUAUAAAGAUCAGAACACCUCGGUGCCUCCCUUCAACGUGAGAGAGCUGCUCCCCCCAGUGCUGGUACACUUCUUCCGCUACAAUGGCUCGCUCACCACGCCCCCCUGCUACCAGAGUGUGCUCUGGACAGUCUUCAGUCGAAGGGCCCAGAUUUCAAGGGAACAGCUGGAAAAGCUUCAGGAGACAUUGUUCUCUACAGUAGAAGAGCCCUCUAAGCAUCUGGUGCAGAACUUCCGAGCCCCCCAGCCUCUCAAUCAGCGAACGGUCUUUGCUUCUUUCAUCCAAGCGGAAUCCGCAUAUACCACAGGUGAAAUGCUGAGCCUGGGAGUGGGGAUCUUGGUUGGCUGUCUCUGCCUUCUGCUGGUUGUUUAUCUCAUCGCUAGGAAGAUUCGGAAGAAGGUGUUGGGAAACCAGAAGAGCGUGGUCUUCACCUCGGCACCAGUCACUGAGGCAUAGACUCCCCCUGGGACAUCACAGAUGCCUUCCCAUCACACCUGUCAGGGAGCUUCCAGAACGGGGUGCAGAGACUGGCCACAAAUACUGUAGAAGUAGCAGGCAGACACCCCUCCUUCCUCCAAUCAUGGACGGGUUCUCAUUCAAGCAAGAACAGCCGAGGCUUCAGUCUCUCAAAACACAUGGGAGAUCGCCAGAUGCCCCUCCGUCGGUAACGCAGACUGUGCUUAAUUGUAGGGGACGUUGGGGGUGCUCCCCAAAGUCCCCCACCCCCUCUCCUUUCUGUCCCUUUGCCUAGAUAUGGGCAAUAUCCCCUCAGGAAAAAGGGUUGUUUCUUUGAGGGGGGGGUUGUAUUUUUGCUCAAUAUAUUUGGAAAUUAAG